GACAGCAUCACACAGAAACAUUUGGUAAAGGCGUGGCGCUGCUAUAUUCCGAUUCCCAUCAUGUUUUACCAUGUUUUUCCAUCCAGAUGUUCAGCCAAUGAGCGGUCCUGCUGUGUUUUCCAGUGAAGGCAGGAGGAGGCGGAGGGAGGAAUGCUGCAGGAUGCUUAUUAUUAUGGCUGUCAAACCCAGUGGCGAUUAGACAAAGCGGUCCUGUUUAAUGUAAAGAUUCGGGGAGAUGAUUUGCACCAUGUCCGCCGCAGCUGUCGCGGUAUGGCUUGGUACGGUGGUCACCAUCCUGUCGAGGUCGCACGCAGACCGUAAUGUCUACCCGUCUGCAGGGGUGUUGUUCGUCCACGUUCUGGAGAGGGAGUAUUUCAAAGGAGAGUUUCCUCCUUACCCAAAAGCAGGUGACCCCAGCAACGACCCGAUCACUUUCAACACCAACCUAAAGGGCUACCCCGACAGGCCGGGCUGGCUGCGAUAUAUCCAAAGGACCCCACAUAGUGACGGAGUGCUCUACGGUUCUCCCACUGCAGAGCACAUUGGCAAGCCCACUGUCAUAGAGAUUACUGCCUAUAACAGGCGCACUUUCGAGACAGCGCGGCACAACUUGGUCAUAAACAUCAAGGCUGCAGAAGAGUUCCCCCUACCUUACCAAGCAGAAUUCUACAUCAAAAAUAUGAAUGUGGAGGAGAUGCUGGCCAGCGAGGUGCUGGGAGACUUCCUGGGAGCGGUGAAGAACGUUUGGCAGCCCGAGCGACUGAAUGCCAUCAACAUUACCUCGGCAUUGGACCGCGGUGGCCGGGUGCCGCUACCUAUUAACAACUUAAAAGAAGGCGUCUAUGUGAUGGUCGGUGCUGAUGUUCCCUUCUCGUCGUGCCUGCGGGAGGUGGAAAGCCCACAUAACCAGCUGCGCUGCAGUCAGGAGAUGGAGCCCGUCAUCAGCUGUGACAAGAAGUUCCGAGCUCAGUUUCACAUUGACUGGUGUAAGAUUUCUCUGGUUGACAUCAACAAAGUAGUCCCAGUUUACGUUACACGUCCCGAACCCGGAACGGGGAUCCUGCCCGAAUUUGGGGAGUACAAACCCCCGUCCGAGUCUCUGAAAAGCCGGGACUACUUUUCCGACUUCCUCGUCACGCUGGCUGUUCCCUCCGCCGUGGCGCUAGUUCUCUUCUUCAUCCUCGGCUACACUAUGUGCUGCAGGCGGGAAGGGGUGGAAAAAAGAAACAUGCAAACACCAGACAUCCAGCUGGUUCACCACAGCUCCAUCCAGAAGUCCACCAAGGAGCUGAGGAGCAUGUCAAAGAACAGGGAGAUCUCCUGGCCGCUCUCCACGCUGCCCGUCUUCAACCCAGUCAGCGGUGAGGUGGUUCCACCCAUCCACCCCGACAACUACGAGACCACCAGCAUGCCACUGAUGCAGACACAGGCGAAUCUGCAAAACCAGAUUACGAUACCACAGCAGCGGCCAUCAGGAGAUAACUAUGUCAUGUCAACAUUUCGAAGGCUGGAGGUAAAUGGUAUUCCUGAGGAGAGAAAGGUGGCUGAAGCUCUGAAUUUAUGACCAGAAGCACCAGUGUUGCAGCUGCUCCUCUUCCUUUCUCCUAAAAUUUGUGCCAACCUGCAUGUGUCAGCAGUGAAAAUUUUAUUGUCCACUUGCGCACUUGCACCUUGACUAGUGAGUGUGAAAAAGACCCGAAGAGCUUAGCCGAUUAUAAAGAUAACUUAGAAUAUUUUGGAAUAUCCGUUUAAAUGUUUAAAGUGUGAUUAAUGUUUGUAUGUCAUACUGCUUUGCCCAGCGGACCUCUCGGGGCGUAAGGGUGUUUUAUAUUGAAAUGCUUUCGUCGCCAUGUGUUAUAACAUUUGUUCAAUGUGUCACAGGAUAAUAAACUCUUUCAAAAUAA